CGGUACGGUAGCAUUGUUUUUGUCGUUCUAUUUUUUAUACCUAGCUUGCAGUUCAUAAAGAAUUCGGGACAUGUUACACUGGCGGAACGAAGAAGAGCUUGGAGGUUACCUUAGCGCUUAAAUAUUUAUUUUUGUACUUUCUUUUACAUAAAAGUCAAUAAUAUAGAUUUUAAUAAUGUCUUCAAAUAUAAAACAUAUAAUCCUGGUCCUUUCGGGGAAAGGGGGUGUAGGAAAAUCGACAGUUAGCACACAACUUGCAUUAACUUUGUCUGAAAAAUUUAAGGUUGGCCUUUUAGAUAUCGACUUGUGCGGUCCUAGCAUUCCUUAUUUAUUGCAACUGGAAGGAAAAGAUGUUCACCAAUCUGAUGGAGGCUGGAUUCCAGUUUAUAUAGAUGACAGACAGCAGUUAGCUGUUAUGUCAAUAGGAUUUUUGUUAAAUAAUAGAAAUAGUGCUGUUGUGUGGCGUGGCCCAAAAAAGACUGCCAUGGUUAAGCAGUUUUUAGAAGAUGUAUGCUGGGGUGAUUUGGAUUAUUUAAUAAUUGACACUCCCCCAGGAACGUCAGAUGAACAUAUUGCCGUUAUGGAGAAUUUAAAGUCUCUUAAAUGUGAUGGUGCUGUGAUUGUGACAACUCCUCAGCAAAUGUCUAUAGAAGAUGUUCGAAAAGAAAUCACUUUCUGUAGAAAAACUGGCAUUCCAAUUUUGGGAUUGAUUGAAAAUAUGAGUGGGUUUGUUUGCCCCAAUUGUACAGAAUGUACCAAUAUAUUCAGUAAAGGAGGUGGUGAAGCCCUAGCUGAGAUGGUUAAAAUUCCCUUACUGGGUUCAUUACCAAUAGACCCAAGGAUUGGACAGCUUCUAGGUAAAGCUUGCAUUAAUGAAUUUUCAGAUUCUCCAACUGCAAAGGCUUUAAAUCAGAUUAUUGAUAAACUAACCAAUGAAUAGAGCUAAUUUCUGCCAAGGUUUUGUUUUUAAUUAUUUGGAUAUAAAAAAUAAUAAAAAUAGACA